AUGCUCAAUAUACUCAAAGGCUUUGACGCUCAGGCCGCAGCAUCAGCUUGUAUCAACCCCUACGCUGUGGAUGUAAUCCGGGCAAAGAGAAGGGAUCUAGUGUAUGGGAUCUCACAUACUGAGGAUCUACUGGAUCUCCUCGUCACAGAGGGGGUCAUGACAGCAGCAAAGAGAUCCAUCGUCUUGUCCAUCAGGACUCGCAAAGAUCAAAACUCCAGGGUCCUGGACAUCCUGGAGGCCAGAGGUGAAAGGGCAUGUCGGAUAUUCUUUCAUCCGUGUCUUAUGCUGGCAGAACCCGACCUCUAUCAGCAAAUCAAGACCUAUGUGGGUGGUGUGAAUGAGCGUGUUCGAGACACAAGGAGACAGCUGAUUGGAUAUUUGCUGGAGAGGGACCAACAGGGGAUGGUUGUCACUCACAAGACUAGCACUUUACUUGUCACCAAAGGAACUAAGAAAUUUAGCCGUGAAAGAGAAGACAGAGGCACUGUGGCACUUUUAAAACCAGAGAAGCACAAACCAGAACAAAGUCAAUCAGAAAAUCUCAUCCACAUGAUUGCAACAGACGGGGAGCUAGUACUGCUACAGGAGCUGUUAGAUGACACUGAUAUUAACACUGUCAAUUCAGCCAACGAGACUCUAUUACACGUAGCUGCUGAAAAUGGUCACCUGCCCAUCAUUGAGCUCUUGAUCCAUAAAGGAGCCAGACUGGACCUGCAGGAUAAUGAAGGUCACACAGCUCUUCACAGAGCAGCCAGAAGGGAUCACACUGAGAUAGUCGCUGCCCUCAUACAAGCUGGGGCCCCUAUCUACGCUCAGGAUGUAGACGGCAAAACCCCCGUUCACCUGGCAGCGGAAAAUGAACACCUGAAAUCUGUCAAAGUCCUGGUGAAGGAGGAGGCCAAGCAGUCUGUGAGCCACACACAGGACAUGUUUCUUCACACAGCAGCCGUGGAGGAUAACUGGAGGCUGGCUGAGCUGCUGCUGCAGAGCGGGGCCGCUGUCAAUGCCAGAAACAGCCAUAAAAAAGCAGCUCUGUUUUAUGCAGUUUCCAGGAACAAUGAGAAAACAGUGACUGUCCUUCUAGACGCAGGGGCUGAAGCUGACUAUGAUGUUAUAAAUGAAGCCAUUAAGCUCAACCAAGAAUCAGUUCUCCGUCUGUUGCUUGAUAACCCCAGAGGAGCUCCGAGUGAAGACACACUGGGCUCUGCUCUCUUCUCAGCUGUUAAACAGAACCGUGAUGGAGUGGUGACCACUCUCAUAGACAGUGGAGCAAAUGUGAAUAUGUUGGACAAACAAGGCUACACUCCUCUCCUGUUGUCAGCUGAGCUGGGGCACACUGAAGUCUUAAGAGUGCUGCUAGCCAAACAGGCCAAACUUGAUGCUACUUUAUCCGACUUGUCUUCAGCGUUGCACCUGGCUGUCCACAGUGGCUCUGUGCCCAUAGUGCAGACAUUACUGGAAACAGGAUUAGAGGCCAACAUCGCUGGACCUAAAGCCCAAACCCCUUUACACCUGGCAGCUCAGUGCAACAGGUCAGAAUUAGUGGAUGUGUUGUUAAGAGCUGGAGCACAGGUGAAUGCGGUAGCCCAGGAUGGGCUGACCCCUCUGCAUGUAGCCAGCCAGCAGGGCCAUGCAGACACACUGAUCCCACUUCUUCAAGGAAAGGCCGACCCAGGAGUGAAAGACAGGCUGGGGAGGACAGCCUUGCACUGGGCAGCCUCUUCCCAGGGAGAAAACUGUGUGGUAGACUUGCUGCUGUCAGCCAAAGCCAACCCAAACACCACUGAUAACGAGAAGAAAACUGCCCUCCACUUCGCUGCUAUGGAGGGAAAAGUGGCUGCUGUGACCUCACUGUUGUCCCACAAGGCAAAGGGAGGAGCUAAAGACAUGGAUGGCUCCACACCUCUUCAUUACGCAGCAGCUGGCGGGCAUGCUAGUGCAGUAUCAGCCCUUCUACAAUUACUUAAUAACAAAGGCAUAGAGGAGAGGAAUGCAUGGAGGAAAACGCCGCUCCAUGGUGCAGCUGAGAGGGGCCACGACAGUGUGGUGGUGCUGCUCCUGGAGGCCGGGGCAAAGAUCAACAGCACAGAUCAAAGUAAAGACACUCCUCUGCACUGUGCUGUGCGAGGUGGACACCAGGAGGCAGUGAAGAGGCUUGUAAACUGGGGCCAGGCUGGGCUCAUGGGACGGCAGAAGACGGCGAGUCUGCAGGCUACAAAUAAUGUGGGGAAGACACCUCUGCAGGUGGCAGAGAGUGGAGACACCCCAGAACAUGAGAGCAUUGCUACUUUACUCAAGAGGAAGAUGUUUCUUAUCAAAUAA